AUGGCUCGACUCAACGAACCUCCCGUAUCUGCAGAUAGCAUCGACAUAUUGCGCAGGAAGCUAUUGCGCCAGAAUAGAGAUCUCGCAAAAGCAAACGCCGUCCACUUGCUCCGCAUCCGUACCAUUGAAGCCGACUUCGCGCGGUCUCUGUCCGACAAUCUUCGACUAGAAAGCCGCAUUAUUGAAUUGGAAAAGGAGCUGGAGGACAACAAUGCCAGAAGGAUAGCCGACCACGCCCUGGACAUCAGGUCCAGACUCGAAGCACAGCUCUCAGAAUGCAUGUCUGUUCUUUCCAGCCUUGGCCAGGAGCCUCCCACAAAGAGGCACGCGAGUCCCAGGGGUAGAAGAUCAUCACGAGCAAGUCUGCCGCUUCAAAGCCCCCCUCGAAGACGUCCGCCACGCGAGUUGAUGAGGGAGGCAGGGGCCCGAGCGCCGGAGGAUGAUAAGCUGCCAACGAUUACAGAAAACAAAUCCUACCCAAGAGCAACUUUGGAUCGCGAACAAAUCUUGGCCCUUUGCUCCGAAGCUGCAGAUACGACCGACACAACAGACUCGCCAGAGCUUGGUCCCCCGCCUGUGUCUCGAUUUGUUGACGGCGAAACUGUCGAUAUUGGAUCACCCAGCAAAUCCAUCGAGUACAUUGAGCCGGAGCCACUCGCACACAGUUCUCCAGUAGUUUCACCGAUCCCGUCACCAGCACCGGCGCCAGUCUCGGCGACCAAAUCAACACCGAGGAUGGAUAGGAACCUCAUUGUCCGCCCCGACCCUGUACCUCCCGCUGAGGCAUCUGAACCCCAGAGAUUGCUUCAGAAAGAGAGCCCCAUCUUGCCUCCUGUCGUGCCCAGUGUAUCUGCCAAGACAGGCUCCAAGCGGAAGUACAGUGUCGGGGAGGAUAUGAGUAAAACAGGUCAGCAAACAGCUGAACCGCAAAAGUCGAAGAACACUUCGGAACGUUCGCUCAUCGGACGGGAUCAUCAGACCGGGAAAACAUUGAAGGAGUUGGCAAGCAUCCGACGUGAGGCGAGGGAACGUAUGGCUCCACCCGUCAACCCGAGGAAGCCUUUGUCAGCAAAAAGUACGAACGAUGACGUGACUUCUCCGAUCAAAAUCGCAAAGGCUGCAGCGGCAGAGGGCAGAAUCGGAGUUGAGAAGGCAAAGCCGCGCGCAGCAAGAGAACGAGCGGCGCAAAAGAUCAAGGAGACUGAGGCUGAUGAGAACGACGUCGAUAAUGCGCCUGUCGAAAUACCCGAGGCAGCCCCAUUGUCCCCGACUUCAGUUGCCAAUAUUCUUCCUAGCACAGAAGCUGUUCCCCUCGAAGCUGCUUUGCUUUCGCCGGCUUCCCCAGAGCAGACAUCCAGAAUGAGCCUCUCUAGUGUCAGGGACACUCCCCCGCCCGCCGAAAUAUCCUCCCAUGGGGAGACAUCACGACCAAGCAGGCGAGCUCGAUCCGCCGUCAGUUAUGCUGAGCCCAACUUGCGAGACAAAAUGAGACGUCCGACCAAGGAGCUUUAUGAUGCAGUGUCUGGGCAGACGAGAUAUCUGCAGCGCGGUGGGAGCGCCAAAUCGGACAGUGCCACGCCAGAUGCCACUGUCACGGUCAAGCGCGAGUCUGCCGACGGCGAUACGCUAAGGCAUAUUCCAUCUCUUGCGCCAUCCACAGUUGACUCCCCACAAAGAACGUCAAGCCCUGCUGAGAUGACAAACAUGCGAUCGUUGGAAACCGCGCCUGGCCCAGCAAGGCCUGACCGUAAGAAGCGAACAUCAUCGAUGAUGUCGAGGUCCAUAUCCGAGACCGAAGAAGAGACAUCGGCCCGACUGGCUCAAAUUGCAUCUCCGGAUCGUUCCACUUCAUCAUCGUCCGCCAAAGUCGUCGAUCCUUACGAUUUCACCACCUCGACCCCGGGAAGUGACAGUUCGCGCAUCAUUGAAACGAAGGAAAGCGCGCCGCCUGCAAGACAAUCCAAGUCUUCGAGACGGCUCUCGUCCGUCGUGAGAGAGGACUUCAAGAUUGAAAACUUUGAGGGGGCCGAGCGAGCAAAGACUGGCGUAUCUAGGAAGAGGGCUUCGAUGGUCCUGCCAAAGAGGACCCGAGCGGAUACGGAGGGCUCCGAAGAUAGCAGCUUCGAGAGCCUGGACGGUGACAUACAGGAGUCGUCAAAAAUCUCUGUGAGAAGGAGGAGGAGCAUGAUGUUAUAA